UCCGCGGCCACGCUGUGCCCUCCGCUGAGGGGCGCGUCCACCCGCCGGGUGCUGGGAACCCUGGCAAUGCGGGGCCGGCGUGACCGCACAGAGUGCUGGGCUCGCGGCCUCGCCCCGGCGUUAUGGCAACGGGCGCCUGGCAACGCGGGACGGGGCGCGGCUGCCGAGGGUUUGAGAGCCUCUGGCUCUCGGCGCGCCCCCAGCUGCCGCCGGUCCCACGGCCCGAAUGAGGGGUCGGGCUCCCAGUUGGAGCCACCUCUGGGAUUCCUCUGCCUCCUUGCUUUCAUUCGUCCUUUACGCUAUUAUUUGUGCAGUGGCCUCUCUGCUCCAGGCGCUGUUCCAGGCGCUGGGCAGUGCAGGGAACAGAGCUCUGCUGCCUGAUCUCCUCUGUUCAUAAUUCAGUGGUCAAGAUGGGGGGGCGGGGGGGGGAAAACGAGUCACGCUCGUGAAUGUUCCCGUACAAACUGGUGGGGCCGUGCAAGGGUGGGGUAAAUCUGGAAGGCCUCCUUGAGGUGGUGACCCUUGGGCAGAGGCCUGAAGGAUGAGGAAUCAGCUGAGGAGCGCCUUUAAGACCAAGCUCAUUAGCUGGGCCUGGUGGCGCACGCCUGUCGUCCCAGCUACUCGGGAGGCUGAGGCAGGAGAAUUGCUUGAACCCAGAAGGCGGAGUUUGCGAUGGAGGUCUCACCAUGUUGCCCAGACUGGUCUCCUGAGCUCAAGCAGUUCCCCCGCCUUGGAUUCCUAAAGUGCUUGGAUUACAGGACUCUGCAGCCUGAAGCCCGCAGCCAUGGCAGGCCCCCGAUACCCGGAUUCAGUGCGAGGGGCGGCUCUGGUGCAGAUCAAGAGGCUCCAAACAUUUGCCUUCUCCGUGCGAUGGUCAGACGGCAGCGACACCUUUGUGUGCAGGAGCUGGGAGGAAUUCAGGCGGCUCAAGAAGAACCUCAAGGAGACCUUUCCGGUGGAGGCAGGCCUGCUUCGGAAAUCCGACCGCAUUCUCCCAAAGCUUCUCGGGGGCGCACGAGCCGCGGCCUGGCACGCCUGCAGCUGCUGGAAACCUAUUCUCGGAGGCUGCUGGCAACUGCAGAGCGCGUGGCUCGGAGCCCAGUGAUCACAGACUUCUUUGCACCGCAACCUCUGGACCUGGAGCCCGCACUGCCACCCGGCAGCCGGGUGAUCCUGCCCAACCCGGAGCCACCUCUCUCCCGUGCUGCCGGCCGCCUCUCCAUCCACAGUCUGGAGGCUCAAAGCCUGCGCUGCCUACAGUCCUUCUGCACUCAGGACACACGGGACCGGCCUUUCCAGGUGCAGGCCCAGGAGAGCCUGGAUGUGCUGCUGAGGCACCCCUCAGGCUGGUGGCUGGUGGAGAACAAGGACCAGCAGACAGCUUGGUUUCCAGCGCCCUACUUGGAGGAGGUGGCUGCAGGCCAGGGCUGGGAAGGAGGCCCGUCCCUAGGGAGCAGUGGUCCCCAGUUCUGUGCUUCCCGCGCCUACGAGGGCAGCCGUGCAGAUGAGCUGUCUGUGCCCGCAGGGGCGCGCGUGCACGUGCUGAAAACGUCAGAUCGUGGCUGGUGGCUCUGCAGGUACAGUGACCGGGCGGGCCUCCUCCCUGCGGUGGUGCUGCAGCCUGAAGGGCUGGGCGCGCUCCUGAGCAGGACAGGGUUGCGCCCAGGAGACAACUCAGCAGACGAGGCCCAGGGCUCCCCCCAACCCUCCCAGGCCACCACCCCUGCCCCCACGGUCCCCGCCCGACCUUCGCCGGGCACCAUCCAGAGCCGCUGCUGCACCAUCACCCGCAGAGCCCUGGAGCGGCACCCAGGGCGCCAGGGCCCCUAUGGAGAGUGUGUGGACCCUGUGCCACACGCUACGACAGAGCAGUGAGGGCGGAUCUCCCUGGCCAGCAGGGGUGGGAGGGGGGCGCUUUACUAUUCCUCUGAAUAAAGCUUGUUCUGAAUGA